CGGGUUGAUUUUUCAAUGUUGAAAAUUGCAUUUAGUAUUUUUCCACCAGGGGGGCUUCUUGUCACGAUUUUGUCAUUUUUCUAAAUUCUCUUUCUAAAUUAACUUAUUCAAGUUUAUUUGUUUGUAAAACGACUUGAGAAAUAAUAGAAAUCAUACAAAGAUCUUUCAUCGGUUAUGGCUAUAUUCAUGAUUAGGAAAUUUAGUGGUCAACUCUUCAUUUCAUAAUCAAAUGAUUUUAUGUUUAUAUUUUAAGUGGAAUAUUUUAUUUGUAAGCUUUAAAAAUCCAUUUCAAUUUGUAAUUUAUAUAUGUUUAUAUAAUAAAUGUAAAUUUUGCACUUCCGCAAUAUUUCAACAUCCGAUUUUUAGAUCAUCCCUUUCCUGCUCUUCUCGAAAUCAUACUGUAAACAUUUAGUACAAAAACUCUUUUUAACCAAAAAGACGAUAUGUCAACUGUUUUAAAAGGUUGGUGGAGGUUUCCUAUUUCAAGUCAUUAAAUAAGAGGUUGUCCUGACGUACGGAAUAAGAUUCAGCGGAUGAAAUAUGGCAAGUUGGACUGAGAAACUUCUUACAGCUGCUCAAGAUGGGAAUAUUAAAGACGUAGAAUUAUGUGUAAAGAAUGGAGCAAAUUUGGAAUGCACAAAUGGUAGUUAUUGGGGAAAGACAUCAUUAAUGGUUGCUGCUCAGGCCGGACACCUGGAGAUUGUUUGCUACCUUGCUGAACAGGGCAGUAUUUUAAAGACCAGAGACAGGUAUGGAUGGACACCAUUAUCUCUUGCUGCUGUUAGAGGACACCUGGAGAUAGUCCGUCAUCUGGUAACACAGGGCGCUAGUUUAGAGACCAGAGACCAGAGAGGAAUGACACCAAUUAUGUAUGCUGCUGAGAGAGGAUAUCUAGAGAUCGUCCAGUUUAUGGAUACACAUGGUAGUAAUUUAAAGGCCAAAUCCAAGGUUGGUAUGACACCAUUAAUUUUUGCUGCUGAGAGAGGACAUCUGGAGAUCGUCAAGUUUCUGAUUGAAAAGGGCUGUGCUUUAGAGACCAGAUCCCAGAGAGGAAUGACAGCAUUAAUGUAUGCUGCAGAGAGAGGAAACCUGGAGAUCGUCGAGUUUUUGGCUUCACCAAAAAGUCAUUUGGAGGCCAGAGAUACCUGGUGGGGAGAGACACCAUUAAUAUUUGCUGCUGAAGGAGGACACCUGGAGAUUGUCAAGCAUCUGGCUACAAUGGGCAGUAAUUUAGAGGCCAGAACAGAUGGUGGUAUGACACCAUUAAUGUUUGCUGCUGAGGGCGGACACCUGGAGAUCGUCCAGUAUCUGGCUUCACAUGACUGUGAUUUAGAGACCAGAGACCUGGAUGGAGAAACAGCUUUACAUUAUGCUGCUAGAAAUACACGGGUUGAGAUAACCAAAUGUCUAAUUGACAAAGGCAGCAGUCCUUGGAUGAAAACACGAAAGGGUCAUACUCCCUGUGAUAUGGUAACAUUAAAAAGCAAGGACUCUGAAGAGAAAAAAAUUAAAAAGACAGAAAUAAUGGACUUCCUGAAGACUGUCAUGCAGAAUACUCCUGAAGAUUACUUCCAGAAAAAAAAGUCAGCCAUGUUGAAUCGGUUGAUGGGCAAAGGCACCUAUGAAUCGUUUGACAUGCGCUGUAUGGUGACUGGCCAGUUUGGGGUAGGGAAAUCUACUCUUGUAAAGCUGUUAAUUGGGGAUGUAAUACCAAAAGGGAGACAUGCUACAGAUGGAAUCUCUCUUAUUGAAGGUCGCUGUGGCCUUGAUGUUAAGACUAGACAAUGGAUUCUUUAUGAUCCAGGAACUUAUGAAGCAAGUGAUGUUGUAUACAACAAGGUGUUAAUGACCUCGGUAGAUACAGAUAAAAGUAAGCCAAAAGACCAGUUAGAAAAACCACAAGCAUCAUGCACAAGCCCUUCUGAAAGUAAAGAUGAUAAACUGGUAAAUCCAGAUGUUCUCCUACAGCAGUCACAGGCUAUGGCAUUGCCUCCCCCAUCGACAAUACCCGAUUAUAUCUCAAACCGACGUCCACUAGUCAUAGCAUUGUCACCUCAGACGUCCUCCAUUGUGCGUCUAUCAAAAAAGCAGAUGAAACAGAAAAUAAAAUCCAGGAUGACUGAAGAUGAAAUGAGAAGGAAAAUGGAAAAAGUUCUCAAGAGUGGAGAAUAUAAGAUGAAAGUGGGACGUCUCAUUUUUUGGGACUUUGGUGGACAGUAUGUUUAUUAUACAACACACCAAACAUUCAUGACUUUUAGAGCUUUGUUUCUUGUUAUUUUUGAUGGAAGCAAAGGAUUGCACGAACAGGUCCCUGACGUGUUGUGUUUUCCAGGACAGCAUACGACACCAACCCCAGCAGUAUUUUUACAACACUGGGUCAACUGCAUCCUGACCUAUUGUAAGGCUGUUUAUCGAGGCAUACCAAAGAUCUUGUUUGUUGCUACACAUAAAGACAAAAUACCAAGGGAGAAAAUCGAGACACAGCGUAAAGAGUUAUACAAUGGAGUAGAAGAGUUAUUUAAAAACCACGAAGGACGGCAUCAUCUGGUACUUGAUAAACAUAUAUUCGUCAAUGCAACAGACAAAGCAGAUCCAGAGAUUGAUGUCCUAAAGAAAACCAUCACAGACCUUACGUUUGAACAUCCAUGUUGGGGAGAGAAAAUGCCGAAUGCUUGUGUCCCCCUUGAACUUGAGAUUGCUGAGUUGGUAGCUAAAGGGAAACAAAUUUUGUCAAUUGGGGAACUUGAAGAAUUAAAUGCCAUCAGCCAGGUGUCUGUUCUGUUUCCCGAGGAGCUCAGCGAUUUUCUACAUUUCCAUCACUCUGUAGGAAAGAUAGUCUACUUUGACACCCCACAGUUGCGAGGUUUUGUGAUCAUCAGCCCACUUCUUCUGGUGGAAGUAAUGAGAUCCUUUGUUACAGAUAUAACCUUUUGGCCAAAGAAAGGUCACAUCAGAAAAACAUUUGAAAGGAUGUCCGGAAGUGGAAUAAUACAAAGAAAACAUCUGUAUCAUAUUUGGAAGCAAACGCACUUUGAUAAAAUAUUACCUUAUAAAGAGUUCAUAUUUGAUAUGCUCAUCCAUCUUGAUAUUCUAUCAGAGCAGCGUAGAUAUGAUACUGAUACAGGGAGUCGGCUACCAGUGGAAAACUUCUUUGUACCCUGUAUGCUCAUACAAAGAAAUGAUACACGUUUCAUGACAGGUGAAUGCACACCAGAGAAAGCUAUCAGUUUGGCAUUCAUUUUCAAAGGGACAAUUAUACCCCCAGCCUUGCCAAAUCGUCUUAUCAGCGCAUGUCUCAGUAUGUGGAGUGUGAAGACAUAUGAAGGGAAACAGCUCUUGUUUUCAGGAUUUAUUGGAUUAUCAUUCGAUAUGGCACAUGAUAUUGUGGUAUGUGUUGAAGGCAACAAGAUUCUGCUUUACAUAGUCCAUAAAACUUCUAACGGACUCAUCGUACCAGAUAUUGCCACUGGAAUCAAGGAAUGCAUGUUUACUACAUUAGAGAGAAUUUCAGAGUUCUAUCAAUCCGCAGUUCAUGCCUCACCUAACAGCCAAAAGCUACCCUUCCACAUUGAAUAUUCAUGCUCCAGGUUCGGAUGUUUUAUCACGGAAGAGGCAGCAUUAACAACUAAUGAAUGGGUCUGUGAUAAACAUAAGCUUUUACAUAAGAAAGAAAAGUGGAAUAUUUGGCAUCAAGAUCAGAAAAAAGAACAAUGUGAAGAGAACUGUCAAGGUUUACAUGAAGGUGCAUUGAAUCAGAAACCAAGUGAUAUCGAACUUCAACGAUUUGUGUCACCGUGUGACGUUACAACAGUACGAGAGUUAUCCAUUCACCUUGGUAUGACAUUGAAAGAGUGGGAAGACCUCAGAGAAAAUUAUGAUCGGAUUGAGAUUGUUAAAUGUAGAAUAUUGGUCGACUGGAGAGAAAAACAUAAAGGAAGAUUUAGCAACAUCGCAAAAGCUUUAAAUGAUAUGAAACUCGAUACCCAUAUGCUUUGUCGAGCAAAAAGGAUAAGAAUAGAACGAUGUGAAAGCAGGGAGGAAUACAUGGAUUUCAUUCCAACCGAUGAAAUACUAGAUGAACUGGCACAAGUUAUAGGUGUAGUAUCCUUCCAACUGGGUAUAGAAUUAGGAUUAUCUAUAACAUCAUUAGACAAUAUACAGUACAACAAUGGCCGGGAUUUAGUGGCACAAUGUAAAGCAAUAUUAUUUCAAUGGAGAAAAGAUCAGAGCGUCCGACCAACCAUAGAAGUUCUGCAUAAUGCUUUGGUAAAUGUCGGAAAAGGAUCUCAGUGUUUAGAGGAGAUAAUUAAAAGUAAAGGAGUGAAGAAAUAUAUUCCCGAAGAGAAGGAAGUUGAAGUAGAGAAACAAGGAAAAGAUAAAACAUUCUUGAAAAAACUGAAUCCUUUUAAGAAGAGGAAAUUGUAAAAAAAAAUUUAAGUUGGUAUUAUAUAUAACUAAAACAUACACCAUCCCGUUCUAUGGCUGUGUGUGAACUUUACGACACAAUUGAAAUCGGUUUUGAUUUAAUUUUCAUGCUAGGAAGAUUCACAUUCAACAGAAUUAAAUGUACUAAACAUGGUUA